GCGGCGCCUCCCACAGCGCAGCGCGUGGGCGUCCAGGCAGUUAGCAUUCGAACUAGCACUCGCUGACGUGCAUAAAUUAGACCAUGGCAAACGACGAGCCAGCAUCAGCACCAAUGCCUCCGCCGCCACCACCAGAGGUCGAAGACGUCCCGACGGACGACGACUCGGCGCCGACAGCGACGUCGCUCGAGCGCCGGGCCACCGCGGCCUUCCGCAAAGGACGGUUUAGCCGAGCCCACGACCUCUACACGGCCGCGCUCGAGCUCGAGGGCGGCUCCGCGGAGGACGCCGCCGCGAAAUGGCUUGCGCUCGGCAACCGCGCGGCCUGCCUCCUGCGGCUCGAGCGGCCGCGCGAGGCGGAGGCCGACUGCAGGGAGGCGCUGAAGCAGCGCGCGCCGGCGAACCUUUUGGCGCUCUGCGCUGUGGCGUGCAUGCGCCAGCCCGGCGAGGCGCACCUGAUGGCGGCCUUCGCGUGCUGCGUCGAGGCGCUGUACGUGGAGCCGCAGAACGCCGCGGCGCGGCGCGUGCUCGCCGACGUGCGAAAGGCGCCCGGCGGCCGCCUGCUCCGGCCCGAAGACGCUGCGCGAGAGCGCCUCGAGCAACGCAUGCUCCGACGGGGGGAAUCGGGGCGCAUCGGCUACGCGCUCGCCUACUUCGACGCCCUCGAGCGCCUCGCGCCCGAGGACGCCGUCGCGCACCUCCGCGUCCAGAGCUGCUGGCGCUCGGCGCUCACGGGCCGCAUCCCGGAGCCGAUCCAGGCGGUGCCGACGGGUGCGCCGGCGUCGCUCGACUAGUUUAUUAUUACGUAUGCGUUUUUUAUGA